GGCCAUUCACUUCAAUGGAGACAUUUUAGGAUUGGCUCACAUGGCCGGCAUGUGUGACCCGAAGCGUUCUACAGGAGUUGUUCAGCCACUUAGUGCUAAUAAUAAUUGGAUUCACUUUCAGUUUCCUGGCAGACUAACAAUAAACAAAGUAUUCUCUUUCCUUCAGGAUUAUAGCUCAAGAAAUCUUGUGGUUGCAGUUAUAAUGGCCCAUGAGAUGGGUCAUAAUCUGGGCAUUCAUCAUGAUGGAAAAGCCUGUACUUGUGGUGGUUUCUCAUGUAUUAUGGCUGACAGGUUAAGAGAUGUAAAAUGUGGCAGGUUAUACUGCUUAGAUAAUUCACUUGGAUACAAGAUUCGUUGCCGUUUCUACUAUACAUUCAGAGAUGAAAAUAUUGGGAUGGUUGAUUAUGGAACAAAAUGUGCAGAUGGAAAGGUCUGCAGCAAUGGGGAGUGUGUUGAUCUGAAUAUAGCCUACUAAUCAACCUCUGGCUUCUCUCAGAUUUGAUUUUGGAGAUCCUUCUUCCAGAAGGUUUCACUUCCCUCAAGUCCAAAAACCCAUCUGCCUGCAUCCUACUAGUAAAUCACUCUUAGCUUUCAUAUGGAAUCUAAAUUAUGCAAUAUUUCUUCUCCAUAUUUAAUCUGUUUACCUCUUGCUGUAAUCAAACCUUUUUCCCGCCACAAAGCUCCAUGGGCAUGUACAACACCAAGAGCUUAUUUGCUGUCAAGAAAAAAAAUGGCCAUUUUACCGUUUCCCAAUUCCAGAGCACAUUUAAUGCAACAAGUUCUGCCUUUUGAGCUGGUGUAUUCGAAGUCAAUGCUUCCUCUCCCAAAA